AUGGCGCCCAAAAUGGCGGACCAACAUGCUGAGAUCUCGUCGUCCGAGGAGGAAGCCUCUCUAGACACACUGGAUAAGAUCCCCCAAGCUGGCGGCCUGCAUAUGGAAUCCUCAGAUGAAGAGAACAACACCCCAGCCACAAAAGGGGAUAUCAAAUCGCUCCUCCACGACAUCCGCAAGAUGUUCCAAGCGGACCUUGCAAUACUGAGGGAAGAUAUGCUCUCACUCACAAGCCGAAUCAAGGCCGCAGAGGAGACAACUACACUUGCCGCAGAGCAGAAGCGGCUAACCGAUUCACAAGCCACAAUUACACAAAAAAUGACGGAAUACGAAGACUGCAACUGCAGCAAGAAUACCAAGAUUAAAGGUAUCCCUACCUCGGUGGAGAAGUCGGAACUGCCACAACACAUGAGACGUCUGAUCCAGCACAUACUUCCACACAAGCAGGCCAGAAACAUCCUGAUAGACAAUAUCUAUAGAAUCCGCAGGCAGGGCAGACUGCCUCAACAAAUGAACAGCGAUGUCAUCAUACAACUUGUCACACACCUGGACAAAAUGGCAAUCAUGGCAGCGGUCAGGGACUCACUCUCCCUGUCCUUUGAGCAGCACACCCUGACAUUUUAUAAUGACCUCUCAUACCCUACUAUGCUAUGGAGGCAAACCAUGCGCCCGGUCACCAGUGUGCUGAGGCAGAGAAAGACACCAUACCGCUGA